AUGGUUCAUCCACUGAGGUUCAGAACACCCCACUACCAAGUUCAGAACAUCCCACUACGAAGGUUUAGAACACCCCACUACCAAGGUUCAGAACAUCCCACUACCAAGGUUCAGAACACCCCACUACCAAGGUUCAGAACAUCCCACUACCAAGGUUCAGAACAUCCCACUACCAAGCUUCAGAACACCCCACUACCAAGGUUCAGAACAUUCCACUACCAAGGUUCAGAACAUUCCACUACCAAGGUUCAGAACACCCCACUACCAAGGUUUAGAGCACCCCACUACCAAGGUUUAGAGCACCCAACUACCAAGGUUCAGAACAUCCCACUACCAAGGUUUAGAGCACCCCACUACCAAGGUUCAGAACAUCCCACUACCAAGGUUCAGAACACCCCACUACCAAGUUCAGAACACCCCACUACCAAGGUUCAGAACACGCCACUACCAAGGUUUAGAACAUCUCACUACCAAGUUCAGAACACCCCACUACCAAGGUUCAGAACACCCCACUACCAAGUUCAGAACAUCCCACUACCAAGGUUUAGAACACCCCACUACCAAGGUUCAGAACAUCCAACUACCAAGGUUCAGAACACCCCACUACCAAGGUUCAGAACAUCCCACUACCAAGGUUCAGAACAUCCCACUACCAAGCUUCAGAACACCCCACUACCAAGGUUCAGAACAUUCCACUACCAAGGUUCAGAACAUUCCACUACCAAGGUUCAGAACACCCCACUACCAAGGUUUAGAGCACCCCACUACCAAGGUUUAGAGCACCCAACUACCAAGGUUCAGAACAUCCCACUACCAAGGUUUAGAGCACCCCACUACCAAGGUUCAGAACAUCCCACUACCAAGGUUCAGAACACCCCACUACCAAGUUCAGAACACCCCACUACCAAGGUUCAGAACACGCCACCACCAAGGUUUAGAACAUCUCACUACCAAGUUCAGAACACCCCACUACCAAGGUUCAGAACAUCCCACUACCAAGGUUUAGAACACCCCACUACCAAGGUUUAG